AUGGCGGCUGGCAUUGGUCGGCUGCAGACCAUGGGUGUAUAUAAGAGUACGAAAGAGGCUUUGGAUCGUGGUGUGAAGCUGAAGAAAGUGGUGAAAGAGCAGAAAACUGCUUCGAAAAGCAGCAAAUGGAGAGCGCCUGACCUUCCGCUUUCCACUCCUCUUGGUGUUGGAGGCCUCACCCUGGGUUCGCUCAUGAAGCAGGAGAAGCUUGAGUAUCCCGACGCCGUCGCGGUAUAUUUAGCAUUUCAAGACACUCAGAAGUCGUCUUCCCCAUCCACGAAGAAGCCCUCCAAGAAGACCCCGACAGAGACCGAGGACACCCACACGGCAUGCAAAUCGGCCCCUUCCGGAACAGCCAAGAAGAAAUCCUCAAAGCAGGCCCCCACGGAGACCAAGGACACCCAGUCGGCAUGCAAUUCGGUCCCUUCCAGAACAGCCAACAAGAAAUCCCCAAAGCAGGCCCUGGAGAAGACCGAGACCGAGGCAACCCCGAAGAGAUCCCGCAAUCAAGUGACCCCCAAGUCCAGGCCAAGCAAAGCAGCUUUGAGGCGAGGUGUCGCAUCAUCCAACCUCGGAUUGGAGGACCCGGCCGAGGAUACUGUGGUGCAGCCGGCCAAGCGUAUCAAAGGCAAAAGGUCUCCCGAGGCAGCCCCGAACCCCGAAGACUGCACCCCUCCGGAUGAAGACGAUGAUGCAAUUUGUAUGCCAUGGGAUGAGCUUGAACAGGAGUACAACCUGUGGAGGGAGGGGCUUCCUCAGCUCAGUGAGCUGGAUAAAGACUUGAAGGCCCACAGGGAGCUCUCGACCCAGCAGUCGCAGCCUGUUGCUGCACCCGCUAUGCUGGCACUGCCUGCUCCUGCUGCAGACCAGUCUGGCAGUACCUUUGUGGAUGGUCAAGACAGGUUGCGGACAGCGCAGCCGCUCAGCCACAAGGAUCGCCAGGAUUCGCAGACGAAUCUGAGUGAUCUGGGGCCUUCCGCGAGCCAGGUUGCUGCUAGCUUGGACAUGUUGUCACUUAUGGAAAAAGUGAAGCAGUUGGAGCUUGAAAAGGCAGAGCUCCAGUCCCAGCUGAGCAGCGACUCCACAACCAAGCCCGAAGCCCCUUCUGAUGCUGAACCCGCCGAUGCCAAAGCUUCCGAACCCGCCGAUUCAAAGCCUCUGGCUACUCCUGUGAGGAACAUGAAGGAACAUGUGCUUCACGAUUCGCCACCUCCGGCGGUGAGUCCAGCUAGUGUACUUCCGGCCUCCAUGCUGGCAAAGAUCAGGACCCAGUCGGAGCCAGUUCCGAAGCCGGCCCUGUCGCCUGCCGCAGCCCAGCCUGAACACGAUCAUGGGAAAAUCAAUUCUGCAAGCCACCGAAAGGAGUAUGCGAAAUUGGAGAAACGCAGGCUUCUUCGUGAGUGGGUGACCUCGGGCCAGAAUCUGCAGGCCUGCGAAUCCUCCAUCGAGGUGUCCCACGAAGCGGGCAUUCGCGGAGAGAAGGUUUGGAUGCAGAUCCCUGUGAAAAACAUGAUCAAGCAGAACAUGAAAGUGAACUGUCGUCCGGGGGGAAACUUUUUCGAUGACCCCAUUCCCGGAGCAGAUCCCGGCCUCCUCCACAAGAAGCCGGCUGUGACGCAGCAAGCACCGCUGAAAGCUGAUGUCCUCAGGGAGUUUGAUCAGCGCAAGGAGGAGUUGAGUGCACUUGCAAGGUGGUGGUCGCAACAGCAGAUCUACGAGACCACCGCCGUCGCGAGCUUCCUCACGACGCCCGGGCUCGGUUGCAGGUUCUACGGCUACCACUGCAAGGAGAUCAAGAAGAACGUGAACGGCAUCACUGAUCUGAUCUUCGAUAUGGGUGAUGCCUCGGAUGAUGACUCCCAGAGGUUGCUUAAAGACCUGAAGAGCCACAAGAAGAAGCUGGAACAGCUUGCGAGGAAGUUCCACAGUAUCGACCCAGAGUCCGAUACCGCCGCCAUGGAUCAGCAGUGCGACGCUAUCCACGACGAAGUUCAAAGGCUGUCUUUGUGCAAAGGGCAAAUCAAAGGGGGCUACCGGGGCUUCAGUUAUGACGCCGUGCACCAAAAGGGUGCCAAGAAGGCUGCCGGGCCGCCGAAGGUGGCAGACGUCCUCGAUCAGCUUGUUCGAGCUACAUGUGCUGGCGACACGUCUGUGACUGUGGCCUGUGAUCUGGGAGAUGCCUAUGGGUCUCGGCUACUGGAUGGUUACAGCAGCAGGCCUCUUCGGGAGGCCGAGUUUCAUUCGCGAUUAUCUGGAAGCGGGUUGUCUUUUGACUGUGAGCCCACGUGGAUUAAUGCCCCAGCAAUGAACAACGAUCUGGAGCAAGAGACCAUCGAGGCAUUCCCCAUUCUUCUUCCUUCCAACCUCGCACGAUGUCUUCUGCAAGAGGGAUUCUUGAGCACAAUGGUCCCAGGCAGAGCUGCCCUGGAGGAGUAUUGGGAGAAAACACUGUUAGAGCUGAGUAUUCCUUUAUUGGAUGGCCGCCCUGAUUUGUACCAUCGGGCCAUUCCAGUACUGAUUUGGGGCGAUGAAGCGACACCAGACCUCUCCGAAUGCCGCACAGACUCCAAAGCCUCCCGCUACAUUAUGUAUUCCUUAUUGGUGCAGAACUACCUCAUUCGGGCCAAGACGAAUGUAACACUUCAAACCCUGAAUGCUGCUAUUGUGGACGACUUCAACACGCUGAGCCAAGAAGGUCUUCAGAUGGGUGACGAGGUAUACUACUUCAUUCCUGUGGGAUUUAGAGGCGACUUGAAGCAAAUGGGCCAAGCCUUCAACCUCACCCGCAAGCCGGGAUCCGAGAAGGUUUGCUUCUAUUGCGAGGCCAGUAUGGGGCGCAAAUCUUUCAAUACUGUAUACACUGAUGUUUCAGAAGCAGCUGGGUGGCGGAGCACAAUGCAUCAUGAGGGCAACUGUGGGCUACCGUGGACCGACGAGCCUGCUUUCGCGAGACUUCAUUACUUCCAGCUUUCUAUGAUUCGAAUCGACUAUAUGCAUACAUGGCACCUAGGUGUGGCUCGUGACCUGGUGGGCUCGGCUCUGAAAAUCAUUGCUACCGGCAAAAACUGGUUUUGCGGAAAGAAUAUCAAUGCCAGGUUGAAACAGAUCCUUGCAGCUGUCAAAGCUUUUGGAAAGCAAAAGAGCCACUACAUUUCGAUCAAGAAGCUCACGAAGAAUGGCCUUGGAUGGGAUGAAUGUCCUGAAUUUAAGGGCUCUGCAGCCGACACGGCUGUUUUUCUUGGUUGGUUGGCGACGACACUUCUGGAAAGGCCGCCGCCGCCACCGCAGGACGGCUUGCCGGGUGUUGUGUGGGUGGCCAAUCAUAUCUGCGAGUUCCUCUUUGAUUCAGGCUGCUUCUUAUCUGAUGAGGUAUGGGAUCAAGUUCGAGUGCUGGCUCGGAUUUUUUCCAUGGAUAUCUGCAGCUAG